AACCAAACUUAAACUUAUUCACACACCUUUUGCUUUUCGCAUUUUCAUUUUCUUCCACAAAAUUAAUUAAUUUUUUUUUUGUAAAAUUAUCUGUUGCUUCAGUUGCCAUUCAAAUCCCUAUCUUCUUCUAAAUUUUCAUCUGAUCCAAGAUUCUCUUAAAAAUUUCCACUUUACAUUUUCAUGAUCUUUUCUCAGAUUUUCUCGGCAACCAAACAGGGAGUAGUUUGUUAAAAUUGAUUGCUUAGUUGAUGUGGUAAAGAACCGAACAGAGAGCAGUUGGUUAGCGAAAAUGACGAGAGUGAGCCGUGAUUUUGGUAACAAAAUGCAAAAAGAGGCAGUCCCAGCUGUAUCAGCCGACGUCGUUUUUGCUUCAAGUCGUUUUCCUAAUUAUAAAAUUGGGGCUAAUAAUCAGAUUGUUGACGGCAAAGAUGAUCCGAAAAUUCUCUCAAUGAAGGAGGUUGUUGCGCGUGAAACUGCUCAAUUGCUGGAGCAGCAGAAACGCCUCUCAGUUCGUGACCUUGCUAGCAAAUUCGAGAAGGGCUUGGCUGCUGCUGCUAAGUUAUCUGAAGAGGCUAGACUCAGAGAGGCAGCUUCAUUGGAGAAACAUGUGCUUUUGAAGAAGCUUAGAGAUGCCCUGGAAUCAUUGAAAGGACGUGUGGCGGGUAGAAACAAAGAUGAUGUAGAGGAAGCUAUUGCUAUGGUGGAAGCUUUAGCAGUUCAGUUGACCCAAAGGGAAGGGGAGCUAAUUCAAGAAAAAGCAGAAGUGAAAAAGCUGGCAAAUUUUCUUAAACAGGCUUCAGAAGAUGCUAAGAAACUUGUUGAUGAGGAAAGAGCUUUUGCUCGUGCUGAAAUUGAGAGUGCCAGAGCUGCAGUUCAGAGGGUGGAAGAAGCUCUUCAGGAGCAGGAAAGAAUGUCUCGUGCUGCAGGGAAGCAGGACUUGGAAGAGUUAAUGAAGGAAGUUCAAGAGGCUAGACGAAUUAAAAUGCUGCAUCAGCCAAGCAAGGUUAUGGACAUGGAACAUGAACUUCGAGCAUUGAGAAUUCAGCUUGCAGAGAAGUCUAAGUGUUCCCUUGUGCUUCUAAAAGAGCUGGCAAUGAGCAAGAAGGGCGAAGCAAGGACACCUGAUUUAUAUGAAUUAGAUGGCUCUGAAGCUUUAGGUUCAUAUUUGCGAAUUAAACCUACCACUGAUGGUACUCUAGAACUUUCCAGAUGUUCAAUUCAAUGGUAUCGUGUAUCAUCUGAAGGUGGAAAAAAGGAGCUUAUAUCAGGGGCCACUAAAUCAGUUUAUGCACCAGAGCCUUUUGAUGUCGGCCGAAUACUACAAGUUGAAAUAAUUUGUGAUGGCCAGCAAAUCACGUUGACGACCACUAGUGCCAUUGAUCCAGCUGCUGGUUUGGGAAGUUAUGUGGAGGCACUUGUGAGGAAGCAUGAUGUUGAAUUCCAUGUAGUAGUUACCCAAAUGAAUGGUGUUGAUCAUCCAUCAGAAUCCAUUCAUGUACUACACGUGGGAAAGAUGAGGAUGAAACUUUGUAAAGGAAAGAUAACAAUUGCUAAAGAGUACUAUUCCAAUUCAAUGCAGCUAUGUGGAGUUAGAGGUGGUGGAAAUGCCGCAGCACAGGCAUUGUUUUGGCAAGCAAAGAAAGGGCUUUCGUUUGUUUUGGCAUUUGAAUCUGAGAGAGAAAGAAACGCAGCUGUUAUGCUUGCCAGGAGGUUUGCAUUUGACUGCAAUAUCACGCUUGUUGGGCCGGAUGACAGAUCUCCUUUAGGAAACUAACUGACCUCCAUCAUAUUCUGUUUCACUAAUUGUAAUUAUUUGUUGA